AUGGCCGAGCCCAUGGGAGCCUUGCGCCCGCGGCCGCCGGGCCACGUUUGCGCCUGGACAGCGGGACGCCGGGUGGCGGCCGUGGGCCUCAGGAGACAGGGAGGAUCGCGGGAAGCGACGCAGAGGCGGACCGCCGCGACGGAGGCCCCACUGGACUGGAGAGAUGACAGCGAUAUCGGUGCCUGCAGCUCGCUCGAAGAUCUGCCCCUCAUCGAAGGGGACACUGGCGGGCUGCCAAUCAUAGGCCGCACGCUUGAUUUCAUGAAGAAUCAACAUGGUUUCAUGGGCAAUCAUGUCAGAAAGCAUGGGCUCGUCAGCAGGGCGAAUCUGUUUGGAAAGAAUGUUGCUGUUGUUGGCGGUAACGACAAUCUUCAAAAGAUCUUCACAAAGGACCCUAAGCUGCUGAAUCAGCAUUUCAUGAAGGACUUCCAACUGCUCUCUGGUCAUCAUUCCUUUUGGCACAAAGACGGCGAUGCUCACAUGGCGCUGAAGAGGUUGAUGGCUCCAUCAUUCUCCCAGGCCGCCCUAAGGGAGCGCGUUCCAGACCUCGUCAGAACGGCGGAACAUUGGUGCAAGAAAUGGGCGAACAAAGGGAGCAUUUUGGCAGUGGAGGAGGUGCAGCGCUACACAUUAAGCGUGACAAUGGAUGCCAUUCUUGGAUUGGAUUUUCCUGUGGGCGGCAAGUCCCUGGACGAAAUGUACUAUAAGAUGAAGACCUUUUCCAAGGGUCUCUACACCUUUGGGAUCGACCUUCCAUUCACAACGUUUGGGAAAUCUAUGGCUGCAAGACGGGAGCUCGUGGGCAUGAUAACAGAGGGGAUUGAGCGUUUCCAACAGAAUCCAGAGCUGACGGGCGCCAUGCGGUCUCUCAUGGACGAGCGAGACGAAGACGGCAAUGGUCUGACAGUUCCGCAGCUCCAGGACAACAUCCUCACCCUCAUCUACGCCGGAAUCGACACCACAGCGCUGCCACUGACAACGGCAUUCAUGAAAAUGGCGCAGCAUCCCGAGGUGUGGGAGAGGAUGAAGAAAGAACAAGAAGAUAUCAUCGCCGAGUACGGCCCUGUAAUGACGGCGGAGGCCAUCGACGCAAUGGAUUACACGCUGGCGGUGUUUUGGGAGAGCAUUCGCAUCAUGCCCCCCGCUGCGAGCGUCUUUAGGCGCCCGACCAGGACCUUCGAGAUCAAUGGAUGCCGCGUCCCCGAGGGCUGGUUGGUCAUGCCUCUCGUGGGCGUCAACACGCAGCAGCUCGACCAACGGUGGCCCGGUGACAUGGACUUUUGCCCGCACCGGCAUUUCGAAAAGACUGAUGAGCCAGUAACGGAUACUGCCUUUGGCCUGGGGCCACACGCGUGCAUCGGACGGAACCUCUCCUUGUUGGAGAGCAAAAUCUUGUUGGCAACCAUGGCACGGGGCUUCGACUACACAGUUGUGAAUCCCGAUCAGGCCAGGCGCUACGCGCCCCUGCCCUGGCCAGUGGACGGAGCCGCCAUGGUGAUCGAGGAAAGGAAAGGCGCCUGCACUGGUUGA